CAGCAGGCAUACUGUGCUCUGUGUUAGGCCCCCAAACAAUGUCUGAAAGUUCUAAGAUGGGCCUAUUUGGCUCAAAAGAUAAGAAUAAGGAACAAAAAAAAGAACAAUCUAAAAAAGAAGAUUCUCCAGACCGUUAUGCACCAUACUGCAUCGACAGUGAUUCAGAAACCUAUGAUACAGAGGCAUUAAGCAUUAUGGAUAUAAAUGACAUUAUUGGUGUUCAAUCAGACCCUGUCAGUGACUCUACAUUAGAAAGUGAAAUUGCUGCUCUUUCACAAAUAAUCACUGAUUCAAAAGUAGAGAAUAACCAAACAAAUAUAAAGUCUAAUACUCAGAGUAAAGACAUAGAUAAUCAGAGUAUUAUUUGUGGUGAAAACAAAGAGUUUGGCGAUGAAAGAAAUAUUAUGGAAAAGGAACGGCAAGUGAUAGAAGACCCUAUAGUCUCUGAUAUAAAUAUUUUUGAUAGUGGUAAUACUAUAUUACAGUUACAAACUAGUAAACAUAAAAAUAUAUCUGAAAAUCUUGAUUCAGAUAGUUGUAUAAAUACUAAUACUAAUUUAGAUACUGACUCUGAUCUUGCAUCUUUGAGCAACGUAUGUACAAUAUCCUCUAAAGAAGUUCAUUUGGAACAUGGAACAAGAUGCCAUGACGAAUCUUAUAUCAAGCACAAUGCAGAUGCUUCAUUGGAAUCUACUAUAAAUGAGGUUUUCUCUCAAACUACUGUAAUAGAAAAAUCUAUUGCAGUUUCAAAAGUAAGCAUAAUUAAUGACCAUGCUAAGAAUUAUAAUACAAAACAUGAUGUAGAUACAUUAGUUAGCGUUGAAGGUAUUAGCGAAAGUUUACAACUUAUUGGUGAAGCAUAUAUAUCAGAGGAUUCACAAGAAACAAAUUCAAUUGAAACUGAUUUAAGGAAGGAUGAAUUACCAUUAACCUUUACUGAUAUUUCUCUGACAUUUCAUGUAAAAGAAGAAGAUAAUUCAAAUACUCUAAGUAAUGAGAAACAGAUUAUAGAUAACAUAAAUAUUGCAUGUGAAAAUAUAAUAUCUAAAGAGAAAUUAAAAGAUUCCUUAGAACAUAAAAAUCUGUCAGAAGAUUUCAGUAUUGUAGAAAAAACAUUAAGUAUUAACAACAAUAGAAAUGUGGAAGUUAUCUCUAUAUAUAAUCUAGAAGAAAAAAAUAAAGAAGACAAACAAGAUACAAGUCUUACAGUCAAAAAAUUUGAUGCAGAAGAGUUACAUAAUAUAAAAAAUCCAGAUUUUGAAUCGAAUGCAAUAAAAGAAACACUACAGCAAAUACAACCUGUCUUUGAUAAUAAAGAAAAUAAACAUACAUGUGAGGAAGUGCAAUGUUUAUCUGAAUAUAAAGAGAAAUCAGAAACAAUACGUGUAACAGAUAUAGUUUCAAAUGAAAAAACUGUAAUAGAAGAAAAAAGUGAAAUAAAUAAUCAGUUAGAAAAAACAUAUUCAAAAUCUAAUAAUAAAUUUAUAGAUAUACAAGCAUUAGAAAUUGAAUCUAACACAGGAAACAAGAAGUUAGAAGAAUAUAAAACUAAAAAAAUCAACCCUAUUGAAACAGUUGAUCAUUUUAAAGAACAGGACGAAAUUUGGAAUACAUCUGAAAUUGGAAAUCUGAAUUGUACAGAAGUAAUAAAUAUAACUACUCCAGAUAAUAAUAGUAUGAAUAAAACAGAUUUUCAACCUGACGUUAUAAAACAAUCACAAACAAAUAAAUUAGAACCAAUGGAAGAAUCAAACAAUGAAGAACAUUUAACAGAAUUAUGUACGACUUUUAAUAUGACUGAAAAAAUAAUAUCUAUUAAUACUGAUACUCUUGAUUCAGCAUGUACAGAGUUAAAUACAACAAAUAUAUUAACAACAACUGUUAAUUCAGAAAAAAAUAUUUCUAAUAAUAAUGUUAAUUCCAAUUAUAUAGAAAAUCCAGCUGAAGUUAGUUUCAGUUCUUCUGAUAAUAUUACAGAAAAUUCAUUGAUAAAAAGUUGUUAUUUUCUAGAUAACAAUAAAUCUUCAAUAUUUUCAGACACUACAGAAUCUGUCAUGGUAAAAUUGGACGUUUCUGGAUUUAAACCAAAGCAUGAUCCUAUACUUCCUAAUAAUUCGGAAGUAUUGGAAACUUGUAUCUCACAAAUAGAAAAAAAAGAUUGUUUCAAAGAUAUUACCAUUUCCAACAAAUCUACAGAAUCAGUGCAAAUGGAAAUUGAGGAACCUAAUAAUAAAACUGAUGUAAUUUCUGAUUUUAACAAAAGCACAAUUAAAACAUUACAAGACAAGAAUAAAAUAAAUGAUAAAAAUAAUAUGAGUACGAAGCAAUGCUUAUUUCAAGUACCUAUGAAACAAAUUGAUGAAGUAUCAUUAAAAGAAAAUGACAAUAAAAACAGUAAUUCUGAACAAUUACUUAAAAUAGAAACUAAAACUCAUGAGAUAAAAGAAGAAAAACAAUAUAUUCAGGAAACGUGUACAUUUAUAGAAGACAUAAACAAAGAUGUAGUUUCUCCGAAAUUAUUAGAUAAUACUAAGACAUCCUUUUCUCUGGAAGAAAAUAAAAUAAUAGAAGAUAAAAUAAUAUAUGAGACAAAUAAAAGAGAAGAUAUAGUUUCUUCAAAAUUAUUGGAUGAUAAUAAGGCAUUAUCUUUUUCUUUGGAGGAAAAUAAAAUAAUAGAGGAUAAAAUAAUAUGUGAAACAACUGAAGAAAAAUGUAACUUAGAAAAUAUUCCAGACAUAGAUGACACAACACAUAAUGAAAUUAUGAAAAAUAAUGAAGGUAUAGUUAAUAAAAAGGAAAAUUUGGAUGAAGUUACUAAUGAAGCUCAAAUAGAUCAAACCAAAAAGAUGUUGGAAAAGAAAAUUGAUCUAAUUACAAAUGUUGAAAAAAUAGAUUUAUCUAUUACAGCAUCUAGUAUUGAAGAAAAUAUUACGAAAGAGGAUGUAAAAGAAAUCAAUCAAGAACCAAAUGGCACACUAGAAAUAAAUGUAUCUGCUUCUUUUAAGAAUACAAAUAAUUUUCAAAAUAUAUUGCAAAAAGAAAAGAAGAAUGAAAAUGUAGAAAUGUUUGUAUGCACAACUAAUAAUACUAUUCCUAUUUUAUCAGAAGACUCUGGUUUAUUAAUGGAAAAAGCAGAUAUAGAAGAUAGUAUAAAAAGUUCUAUUUCAGAAAAUAAUCUGAUAAAUAUUCUUGAAGACACACCUAAAAUGACAGAUAUGUUUUCAGAAGAACAAUGUCAAAAUACUCAAGACAUCAUGGAAAGUAUUUUAGAUAAUGUGACAAAUGUAACUGAUCUUAAACAUCUUUUAAGUCCAGAAAAUAAUACAAGAAAUGAAAAUGAGGAUGGUCUUCAACAAUCUGUGGAAUUGAUAACAGUGGAAAAUGAAAAUAAAGAGUUAGUUCAAAAAUUACCUGAAGUAUCAUCUGAUAUGCUCCAUAAAGAAAUAGAAGAUCCAAUAGAAGCACCAAAUUUAGACUCACUAGAAGAAUUAUUAGAUCUUGACUUAAUACCUGAAAGUGAUGAAGUAACAAUAAAACAUGCAAAAAUAGAAGAAGAAGUACAAGAACAAGUAGAAGCAAUAGAUAAAAAUGUAGAUAUGACACUUUUUCUUCAGCAGUCUGAAGAUACAUCAUCUAUACCAGAAAAUCCAGAUUAUAUAGAACAUGUUAUUAAUAAUUGCUUAACAGAUAGAAAUGAUGUAUCAUUGGAAGAAACUACUGGUAAAAUAAAUAUUGAAACUUGUGAUCAAGAUAAAAUUGAAAUGAAUAUAACAUGUAAACCAAAAGAAUUAUUAAAAAUCAAUGAUGAUAUAAUAACUAUGUCUAUAACUAAAAAUUCAGAUGAUGUAAAUUUACAAAAACAACUGGAUGUUAAUAAUUCUUUACAAAGUAAUGAUCUAAAUAUUGGUUAUAUCGGGAAUCCACUUGAAUCUGUAGAAAAUUUAGAAAAAGGAACUUCUAAAUUAGAAAUUCCGCAAAAUAUUCUUUUAGAAAAUACAAAUCAAGAUGAACAUCUGAAUGAGACUUCUCUUGAUAUAGACAGCAAUCAGGCCACUCCUGAUAUUUCAGAAUUAGAAUCUGCUGUAAAAUUUUUACAAGAGUCAGAAGAGCAAGCAGUAGAGUCUUCUUUGGUUCUUUCUCCAAAAAUGGUAGAAAGUGUUGUUAAUGAUAUAUCAAAACAAGCAAAUUCAAAUCUUUUUGUACAGGAUGAAGAUAUUUGCAAUGAUACUUCUGAAUUGGUAGUUGAAUUACAAAGAAUUACUUCUGAUUCUAUUUCUAUAUCUGAAGCUGAGAUUAUAUCAGAAGCAGCAAAAUUGGAAAAUGAACGGAAACUUGCUGAACAAAUUAAAGUAAAUACUUCUAUAUCUUGUAUUGAAGAAAAUAAAUUGAAAGAAAAUAAAGAAAAAAUAGAAAAUGUUCCUUCAACAAUCGCUUCUUAUUUUAACACAACUACAGAGAAAAUGUCUAGUGAACAAAUAUUAUAUAAUUCAAAUGUACCUAGUACAAGUUCUGUAAAUUCUAAAAUAUCAGAUAGAAUGGCAAUAAUAGCUGAAUCUAUUCCCAAAAUUUCAAUUUUGGAAGAACGUUUGAAAGAACCACCAAAAAUAGAAAUUCCUACAUCAGACAUAACAAAAAUGUGUGAAACAUUAACAAGUACAAAAGAUAGUCUUCUAAUACCAAAAGAUGCAAAAAUGUCUGUAUAUCAAAAAAUGUUAGAAUCACCGAAAUCUAUCGAAAACAGAGAAUCCAAAAUUGUAGAUACACCUAAAAAGGAAAUAGAAAAAUAUGAUUUUGAAAAUGUUGGAUCUCCAAGAAUCAUACUAAAGAUUGUUAAAUCUGCAAUUGCAGAAUGUGCUGAACCAAGAUCGCCUAAAAGUCCAAAAAUUCGAUCAGCAACUAAUUCACCAAAUCCAGAAGAUAGUCCGGGUCAAAAAUUAGGAAAAAUUAAAUUAAAGCUUUCAAAAGGUGGACAUCCUUCUAUAAUAUCAAAUGAAAACAUUGAAGAUGUAAAUCAAUGGCAUACAGAGAGUGCAGCAUCAUUAUCUCCUAUUGGCAUGAAAAUUAAGUUAUCAAAGACAGGAGAUGCUUCAAUUUUACCAACGGAAAAAUACGAAUCUAUGGAUGAUUUAAAGGAAAUAAAGCAUAAAUUUGAAGAAACUAAAAGAACAGAAUCUCCAUUAGGAAUGAAAAUCAAAUUAUCAAAAACUGGUGAUGCUUCCAUUGUACAACAAGAUUCAAAAGAUAUCACAACAAAAUAUAAAGAAAAACUAGAUGUUAUGCAGGGAAGCCCAAAAAGAAUAGAUUCUCCUAUAGGAAUGAAAAUUAAACUUUUGAAAACUGGAGAUGCUUCCAUUGUACAACCAGAAAAACAAGAAAUGUGUGAAGAUCAUAAAGAUGGAAAAUUAAAAGAAAAAGUAGAAACUAUUUCUGAUCUACCAAAAAGAACUGAAUCUCCAAUCGGUAUGAAACUGAAAUUAUCAAAGAGUGGAGAUGUAUCUAUUGUAUCCCCUGAUGCAACAGAUGAAGGAAAAGAUAUAGUAGCCAAAUCAAAAGAAAAACUGGAAGCGUCUCCAGAAAUUCCUAAACGCACAGAUUCUCCAAUUGGAAUGAAAAUUAAAUUAUCAAAAACAAAAAGUGGGGCAUCUAUAAUUUCCAUAGAUAAUUCUGAAGAAAUGAAAGAAAAAGUAGAUAUUUCUGAUACACCAAAACGAACAGAAUCUCCCUUUGGAAUGAAAAUAAAAUUAUCAAAAAGUGGAGAUGCAUCUAUUAUACAUUCCGAAGUUUCAGAUGACACGAAGGAAAUUAAACAAAAAGAAAAAAUAGACGUAUCUCAAGAUUCAACAAAAUGCACAGAGGUUUCAUGUGGAAUGAAAAUUAAAAUGAUGAAAUAUGGAGAAACAUCUGUAGGUUUACCAGAAUUGAUAGAUCGACAUGAAAGUAAUCAUGAUUCAUCUCAAAGGAUAGAAUCUAUUGGUAUGAAAAUAAAAUUUUCAAAAUCUGGUGAUGCAUCAAUAGUUCCUCCUGAUAAACAAGAACAAGUAGAUGAGCAUAAGUGCAAAGAAACAUUAAAAGACUUACCUAAACGGACAGAAUCUCCAAUUGGAAUGAAGAUUAAACUUUCAAAAACAGGAGAUGCUUCGAUAAUACAAAAUGAAGUAAUAGAUAAUAAUAUAAAUAAAAAUAUCAACAAAUCGGAUAUAGAGUAUCAAAAAAAUUGUGAUACUUCUGUAUGUGCAAAAAUAAAAACAUCAAAAACUAGUGAUGCUCCUUUAAUAACAGAUUCUGAGAAAAAAGAAAAACAACAAAAAAGAAAAGAAACUGAAUCUCCAUUAGAAAUGAAAAUAAAGUUAUCAAAAACUGGACAUCCAACAAUUGUACCUUGUGAAGUACAUGGAGAUUCUAUUCAUAAAUUUAAAGAUACUGUAGAAACAACGAAUAAUUUUCCUCAUAGAUAUAAAGAGUCUGUAUUGCACAAAGACUCACCAUUGAAGAUCCUUAAGACUGGACAUUCAACAAUUAUGCAAAAUACUCGUUCUGAAUUAACUAUUGAACCAGUACAAAUACAAGGGAAAAAAAUGGAAAAUGCUAGUGAAUUAUCUUCUAAGCGAAAAGAAAUAACAAUAUCACCAAUCGAGAUGAAAAAAUCAAAAUUAGAAACGCAUUUGUCACAAAUUUUACCAGAAGUUACCAUACAACCAGUUAUAUCGAGAGAUCAAAAACAACUAUUAUUUGAUCCAAAAACAAGUUUAAUUAGUCGUCAACAAAUGAAUGUUAUAAGCCAAGAAAUUAGUAUUACACAAGUAAGACCAUCCAAACAAGUGGAUGUUUCUAUGAGUGAUAAACUAAAGGAUAUGUUAAGUAAAAAUGUUACUAAUUCUCCAAUUGGUUCAGAUUGUGAAAUAAUUGAACAUAGACCUGAAUUAAUAAUUGUUAAUGAAAAUUCAAACUCUAGUCAAGAUGUCAUGAUAAUAGAAGAAGUACCAGCAAUCCGAAUGCCUGAAGUUAAAAUGCCCAAAAAACGAGGCAGGCCACGUAGAAAUCCACUUCCACCACUGACACAUACUUCAACGCAAAUAUUGAUACCUCGAGAUCCAUUGGCUUUGGAUGAGGUAUCACAAGUUGUCCAACUAGAACAUAGAGAAAAUGAAAGACCUAGGAGAACAUGUAGAAAUCAAAAAAGUUAUGCACCACCUAAAAGAGGACGUGGUAGAGGUCGUGGAAAGAGAAAGUUAGACAAUUCAGAUCUUCCACUUAGUAAGAAGCCCAGAAUUGAACAAGAUUUGAAUGCAAUAGAAGCUUCUACAAUGGCUAUAAUUACUUUAGAUGAAUCUCCAAAACAAGAACAGCCCUUGAGGAAAUCAUCUGAAUUAUAUAAAGCUCUUAAACAACCCCCUAUAGAUAUAAAAAAUAUAAACACUAUAUGUAAAAUUGAAAAACAAUCUUUAUUAACAGUUCGAAAAGAUGGUGUAAAACAAAUGGAUAUUCCUAAAACUACAAUUUUAGAUUCUAAUGUUAAUACUCAAAUAGAAUCUGUUAUGGGAUCUGGUAUCGAAGAAGAAAAAUUAUUAGCAAAAUCAACAAUGGGAUCAACAUUAUUAGACUGUAAAGGUAAUGAAAGAGAAUUGAUAAAUAUAAUAUCUGAAAAAGAACAAAAAACUAUAGAAAAGACUCUUACUGAUAAAAUUGUUGAAAAAACAGUGGAAAAUGCAAAAUCUACUGGACAUGAAAGUAAGGAAAUGCUUAUACCUCCAGGACAUCCUAAUUGGUUAACACCAACAUCAAAAAGACAAACAGAAGCUACAUCCAAAAAUGAACCAGUGCCUUCUUUACAAGUUAUUGAUGAAGAAACAAGAAUGAGUGCAGAAUCUAAUUCAAGAUCUCAAACACCAGCUAGAAAUAUAUCAACACAAGCAUCUGAAACAAUAAUCAAUGAAGAAUCUCAAGGAAGUGUACUUAGUACUGCAACUACUGAAUCGGAGAAAGUAAAAGUAAAGAAUCGAAGAAUGGAAAUUAAUUUUGACCCUGAUGAAGGUCCCUUUACUGUUGACAAAAUAGCAGAAUAUGAGUGGCCUCUAGAUCGUAAAGGAGAAACAUUUAUGAUACAAGAACAAAUAUCACAAUAUUUAGGAGUGAAGUCGUUUAAAAGAAAAUAUCCAGAUUUAAAGCGCAGAAUGGUUGAUAUGGAAGAAAGAAAUUAUUUAAGAGAAAAUGGAUUAGUUAGUGAAGCAAUGUGCGAUAUGGGCUUAACAGCAGUUUGCAGUUCUGAAGUAUUAGAUGUAAUGUGUAGUGAUUUUCCUGAUCAAUAUGAGGAGUAUCGAAAACAUAUGCGAGAAAAACAAGUUAAAGAACAUUCCAAAAAGCAAAAAGAAUUAACAGCAGCAGCAAAUGCUGAAAGGAACAGAAUAGAUUUAGCAGAAAUGGCAAUACAGUCUGCUUUAUCGUGGAAUAUUAAUUUAAAUAAAUCACGUAAAGAAAACAGAAAAUGUAGCUUAGAUUUGCAGACUUUCACUAUUCAUGUGCCAAAGAAACACCACAAGUUUGAAACAGAUCGAAAGAUAAGUCAUUACCCUGUAGCUUUGAUACCAGGUCAAUAUACUGAUUAUUAUCGCGAAUAUACACCUGCUGAAUUGAGAUAUUAUCCUCUUAACACAGUUUUGUAUGGUCCUAUGCGGCCAAAUGAACGUAAGUUUGAUAGUCAAUCUGAAGGUUCACAAAGUGAUAGUGAUAGUGAUACUUCAACUGAUGAUUCAAGUUCCACCUCCAGUGAAGGAACACAAGAUACAGAAGGGUCUCAAUCAACAAUGGAUGAUGUAGAUAUGGAAAUAAGUAACCAAAAAGAAGAAACUAAAUUAAAAUGCAAAAUGUGCUUAAAAAUGUUAAAUAAACACGGCAAAAAUGAAAUAUUAAUACAAUGUGGAACUUGUAAUGGAAAUGUUCAUCCAUCAUGUAUAGAAUUAACACUAGAUAUGGUUCCACAUAUUCAAUCUUAUGCCUGGCAGUGUACUGACUGUAAAACAUGUGCACAAUGUCAUGAUCCAGCAGAUGAAGAUAAAAUGUUAUUUUGUGAUAUGUGUGAUCGUGGAUAUCACAUAUAUUGUGUUGGUCUUCGACGAGUACCUGUUGGAAGAUGGCACUGUCAAGAAUGUGCUGUGUGCGCAAAUUGUGGUUCAAAAGAACCUGGAGGUGCUAAUUCUGAUAGAAACAGUGUAGCACAAUGGCAACAUGAAUAUAAGAAGGGUGAUAAAAAUACUCGUGUUUAUGUUUCCACAUUGUGUGUUCCAUGCUCAAAGCUAUGGCGAAAGGGUCGCUAUUGCCCACACUGCAGUCGCUGUCAUACUGCCUCAAGACUCGACCUGGAGGCGAAUCUAGUGCAUUGCAGCGCAUGUGAUAAAUAUCUGCAUUUAGGUUGCGUGGAGACUAAAGGACUGGUAUUUGAUAAAAAGAAUUAUUUAUGUGAUUUCUGUGCUCCAAAUCGACAACCAUUAAUGAAACCCUUGGUAUCAAAAGUAUUCAAGACAUGAAAAAAUUAUAUCUUUAUGUAAACUGUAUUUUGUUCAUGUGAAUGACAAGCCUUAUAUUUUAAAACAUCAGAAGAUACUUGUUCGGCAAUAUAUAAUAUUAAGAAAUUAUCAUUUUUAUUCUCUGUUCAAUUUUUUAUGCUUGAAGCAAAAGCUGACUGUAUAUAUAUAUGUUUAUAUAAGUUAUAUAUUCUAUCUGUAAAAAUUUCUAAUUUUAUUGUAGAAUAAUAUGUACUUUUACUUAUCGCACUUGUAUAUUCAUUAAAAUUCGUCCAUAAUAUCAAAUAGUAAAACUAUAUUCUUUAUAAAAUAAUUCAAGCAUGUUGCCCAUAAUCAACAAAUAAGCACAUUAUAAGAUAUAAU